AUGCUUGGAAAACUAGUCCAUCUAGGCUUCGAUGCCCUUCUCAUAAGCGCUUUCUUGGCUGGUGUCAAGAGAACGACGGGUCUGACACCAGCACUUACACGGGUACCCAAUAAAGAUAUCCGACAACUAUUGAGAACCUACCUAGAAUUCGGCGAAUACGCAUUCGACUUGGCCGUUGUGUUUUUCGGGAGGUCGAGUUCGUUUGAACGGAGACGGUGA